CCUUGUGUAAUAACAGCCCUGUGUUGGCCUACUCCUGCCCGAAAAACUUCAAAAAUAAGAACUAAAGAUACCGAGUGAAUCAUUUAUUGGAAGGCGACCGAAAAUCUUCCCGAUGGUUCAGGUGGACUUGUCGCUCCCCUCGUCAUUCAGGGCAGAACCUAUUACAUCAAAACCCGUUCAAAUAGCAGCACUCGAAACCCGAAUGCCCAGAAGUUUGUCCGCACUAAACACUAUAAUUAUAGUUUUAGCUAAUCGCGGAUAGUUGUGCCGCAACACGCAGCCCGUUGUUGGAAGUGUGCCAAGGAGUGCCAUCAUGACGCUGGAGACGCAGCCCGUUGGCGGGGUGAGUGACGGCAAGAUCGCCGCUUACGACCUGGAGGAGACGCUCGGAUCCGGACACUUUGCCGUGGUCAAGCUGGCGCGACACGUCUUCACUGGUGCCAAAGUGGCGGUCAAAGUGGUGGACAAGACCAAGCUGGACGAGGUUUCCAAGGCGCAUUUGUUCCAGGAAGUGAGAUGCAUGAAGCUGGUGCAGCAUCCGAAUGUCGUGCGACUGUACGAGGUUAUUGACACACAGACCAAGCUGUACCUGGUGCUGGAGCUGGGCGACGGCGGGGAUCUGUACGAUUAUAUAAUGAAGCACGACGCCGGAUUGAGCGAGGAUUUGGCCCGCAAGUACUUUCGCCAAAUCCUACGUGCUAUCACGUACUGCCAUCAGCUGCACGUGGUUCACAGGGACCUGAAGCCGGAGAACGUGGUGUUUUUUGAAAAGCUAGGCCUGGUCAAGCUCACCGACUUUGGAUUCAGCAACAAGUUCUCGCCAGGCCAGAAGCUGGAGACGUUUUGCGGUAGCUUGGCCUACUCGGCCCCGGAAAUACUGCUGGGCGACUCCUAUGAUGCGCCCGCUGUGGAUAUUUGGUCAUUAGGAGUUAUUCUGUACAUGCUGGUGUGUGGACAGGCUCCUUUCGAGAAGGCCAACGACUCGGAGACUUUAACCAUGAUCAUGGAUUGCAAGUACACGGUGCCGUCACACGUAUCUAUAGAUUGCCGGAACCUAAUUGGCUCGAUGCUGGUGCGGGAUCCCAAGAAGCGGGCCACCGUCGAGGAGCUCGCUUCCUCCGCCUGGCUGCAGGCAAUCGAUGAGCCCGACUCCUCUACCACUGAACACAUUCUGCCUUUGGUAAGCCGCCAGCAGUUGGGCGAAGAGGAUCAUGCCUUUAUCGUACAGAAAAUGAUAAAUGGAAAUAUUGCGUCCAAGGAAGAGAUACUGCAGGCUCUCGACAAAAACAAGUACAAUCACAUAACGGCCACAUACUUUUUGCUGGCCGAGUUACGCCUGCGACGGCGGCGUGAGGAGCUGGCUCAAAAGCAAAGGCCCCUCGGUGAUCCGAGCAUAAAAGUGGGAGACGCGAGUCGCAAGCCAGUGCCUGAGAAACCAAGUCCAACCACAGAUACCCCCAAAGGAGGAGUACCCAUCAGCAUUAACGUGACCCCAGCAGCCCAGUUCGCGAACGAUGGAGCCAAGCCAGACAAACGUAGUCGCAAGUGCAGCAUUGUUCGGGAAGAGGACGAGGAGGAGUCGGCCAGUGAGUGCUCUGGCGUAGGCAACGAGUUGCAAGUGACUGCAUCGCGGCGCGAGACCACGACCACCGAUGGUCUUUUCAAUCGGUCGUUGCUCGACCAACCCAGCUCGGAGGCGCCAGAAAAUCAAUCAAGGGGCCAGCAGUUUGCCACUUGCGGUGUGCCAAGCAAUUCUCGCAAAAAGAUAGUCGUCUCUGUGGACGCGACGCUGGCCCAAAAGCUCAAGCAGAUGGAGAAGAGUGCCAAGAUAGACGAUGAGGACACGCUGAGCGGCCUUAAGGAGCUGGAGAUUGGGAAGCUGAAGCCGCUACCCAGCAGCAGCAAGAAUCCUGUGCUCACGCACCGACGCACAAAGCUUAACAAGAUACGAACACCAUCCUGCAGCAGCUCAGAGGCCUCCGACGAUGACACCAAGACGCGCAACAAGAAGAAGAUCAACAAGUUCGUGGGCGACACACCCGUCCGGUUUCGUAUGCAUCGGCGAGUCCAUGAUGACUCCAGCGACUCGCAGGAUCAGCUGUAUCCGCCACCCGGCUCGGCCAGCAGUGCGGCCAAUUUUAUCUCGAAAAGCGGUUCCGUAAGUGGCAAAAAGGAGGGACAAUCGCAAUGCAAAGAGCCAAACAAAUCUGAGGAAAACCGCAAAUCUCACACUCAAAAGAGCCGGAAACAGCACAAGGAUCAUGUUGACAAGCAUUCCCACGCUGAUAAGCAGCAGCUAACAGAGAGCACCAUUACAGCUACAACAGCACCAUCGACGACGACCAGAAGGCGGCGCAUGCGCGAGAGCCAGUCGUUGGACCGCAUCACAGAGGCUCAGGAGUACGAGAUGCGCCAUCGCUGCUACGCGGAAAGCGAGCCGGCGGAGUCCACCCAACAUAUCGAUUACAGAUAUUCACUACUCAACCUGAACACCACCAGCACAUUCUCUGUUGCCGAAACCAAGGAGGAGUACGAGGACGACGAGGCUGAUGAUGCCACGGACCAAAUCAUGAAUACUUUGAAUGCAGCCAAAGCUACGCUUCAGCAAGAGCAAUAUUUAAAUAACAACACCAAUCUUAGUAGGAACUUCAAUCAGAAUCACAACCACAUCCACAUCAGCCAGAAGGCCAACGGCAAGAUCAACGAAACACCAAAAGAUAUUUAUACUAACUCAAUCGAGCAGAUCGACUUGAUUUUGGAGGAUAAAAGCCUUACCAAAGCAAUACAUGUAACAACCGGCUCUAAAUGCUUUGUCACCAUGAAGAAAAUCCGACGUCUGGGAAAGUACUUUCCCGUUAUGAACUUCUCUUAAUAGACACAGUUACUUCAUUGCAAAAGUGCAUUCUAAUUAUUAAAAUCAACUCGGUUAAGCGAACUACAUACUUAGAGAAUAUGUGCAUGUAUUAAUUAAAGCGUAAACGUUAUACCCCGCGAGAAUAUAUAUUAAAUAUAGUGCGUAGCGUAA